CACUGACAAGCGUUUCCCUCACUGGGGGAGACAGAGAGAAGGAGGUGGGGAGAGGAGAAGUGGAGAGAAAAGAAAAAAGGAGAGCGACAGAGAGCAACACAGUGAGGGGAAUAAGUUUUCGGUUGGAGGGAGGACAAGCGAGGGAGAGUUUGGAGUGAGAGAGCGUGGUGGGUGGCAGUAGGGGGGAUUGGGAGCUUCAUUUUCCCUUUUCUUUUUACAGCUGUGAGGACCGCCUGCCACCUCUCUUCUCCUUCUUCCCCCCUCCUCUCCUCCUCCUCCUCUUUUUCCUCCUCUCUGCUCCUCUUCUCAUCCUGACUCUCCUCUCCCAGCUCCCGCCGUGGGGUCUCAGCUCUCCAUCUCCCUCCCCCCCUCCCUCGCUCCCUACCUCCCCCGGGCGCUGCUGGGAGCCUCUGGGCUUCUGCGCCGCAGGAGGAUGUCUUGCAGGGAGUCUCCACCGCCGCCCUCACCGCCUCCACCUCCGCAGCUGCUGGGAGUGCGGAGAGGAGAGGUGGAGAGCGAGGAUCGUCCGGAGCGUGCUGAGCCGCUGUCCGAUGCCGAGAGGGAGAUCGUCCAGGACACGUGGGGGCAUGUCUACAAGAACUGCGAGGAUGUGGGAGUGUCUGUGCUGAUAAGGUUCUUUGUCAACUUCCCAUCGGCCAAACAGUACUUCAGCCAGUUCCAGGACAUGGACGAUCCAGAGGAGAUGGAGCGAAGCAGCCAGCUUCGACACCAUGCCCGCAGGGUGAUGAAUGCCAUCAAUACUGUGGUGGAGAACCUCCAUGACCCAGAGAAGGUAUCAGCAGUGCUGGCCCUGGUGGGAAAGGCCCAUGCUAUUAAACACAAGGUGGAGCCCAUGUACUUCAAGAUCCUGAGCGGCGUGAUGCUGGAGGUGUUGGCUGAAGAUUUCCCAGAAUUCUUCACAGCAGAGGUGCAGAUGGUGUGGACCAAACUGAUGGGGGCGGUGUACUGGCAUGUGACAGGAGCCUACACAGAGGUGGGCUGGCUCCAGGUCUCCAGCUCAGCCGUGUGAACAGUUUGGAGGAAGAGGGGGUAAAAAAAGUUUCACUUGCAAAGAGUUCUGUGAGGAUGGUUUCACAGACAUGGAUGAGAUUAACGUGGUAAUCCGUGCAACUCUGUACUUUAUUUUGGUGACGUUUUGGGUGCUAAACCUUCAUUGCUGUGGUGUUUCUACAUUGCAGUUUCCAGAGAUCACUUGGACACCAAAAAAUAUAGCCAGAACACAUUUUUACAUUUGUUCUAAUAAAGUUUUAGCCAGUAUAAGUGGCACUUUGGUCUGUGUUUUGAACCAUGCAGCUAU